UAUUAAUUAAUUCUUCCGUUUGCUUCCUUUUUUUCAGCAGCCCCGUCGUUCCCAAGUAUCACUCCAUCAUCAGCAACCUUAAAGAACAAAGGAUGAAUCCGGAAAACUGGGUUUUGAUCAUUUCCUUGCUUCCAUUUCUUUUUAUUAAAAUCUGCACUUCACUUGAUACCCUAACUCCAAACCAGUCCUUGAAAAACGACGGCCUUCUCGUAUCGGCGGCCGGCACCUUCGCUCUCGGGUUCUUCAGUCUCGGAAAUCCCACUCACACGUACGUCGGAAUACGGUUCAACAAGAUCUCCAAUCAAAGCGUAGUUUGGGUCGGAAACAGAGCCAAUCCCAUCAAUGGAACCUCAGGUGUUCUUUCCAUCAACGAAGAUGGCAACCUUAUCCUCCAGGUAAACAACAACCAAACAAUCCUAAUCUCGCGGACAAAUGUCAAAACAACCAACUGCUCGGCUCGGCUUUUGGAUUCCGGGAAUUUGAUAUUGUUUUAUAAUGAUGAGAGCGGCAAAAGCGUUGUCGCAUGGCAAAGUUUUGAUUAUCCGACCGACACGCAGCUGCCCGGGAUGAAGCUGGGGCUGGACCGGAGGUCCGGUCUGGACCGGGUCCUGACAUCGUGGAAGUCACGAACCGACCCGAGUCCGGGAGAGUACAAUUACAGAGUCGACCCAGACGGGUUGCCCCAGCUGGUGGUAAACCGGGGGUCAGAGCGGCGGUGGCGGAGCAUUCCGUGGAUGGGGAGCCGGUGGAUCGGCAGGGAGGCGAUGGCGAAUAGCUUUCUGUUCAAAGCCAUAUUUGCAGACAACGAGGACGAGGUGUCCGAGGUUUACAGCGUGGAGAAUGAUUCCAUUAUGUGGAAGUUUCUGGACGAGUCUGGGACCAUUCGGAUGAUGCGGUGGAUGGAGCGCGACCGGCGGUGGGGGGAGCUGAUGUCGCUGCCGAAGGACCGGUGCGACGAUUACGGCUGCUGCGGGCCGUUUGGGUACUGCGAUUCGAAUAAGGGGGUGGAGUCUCAGUGCAAUUGCUUGCCUGGGUACGAGCCCAGGUCGCCGCGCGAGUGGAGAUUGGGGAAUGGGUCAGGUGGGUGCAAGAGGAAGCGGGCGCUUUCAAUGUGUAAGAACGGAGAAUGGUUCAAGAAAGUUGAAAAUGUAAAGAUUCCAGACACAUCACAGAAGACAUUUGGACGGACAAAGUUGAGCAUGGAAGAGUGCAAGAAAGAGUGCUUCAACAACUGCACUUGUGCGGCCUACACAAGUUUAGAGAGCGGAGAGUGUGUCACUUGGCAUGGUGAUUUAAUGGACAUGAGGAUUUUUAAUGGGGGACUAGACUUGUACAUUCGAGUGGAUGCAGAGGAGCCAACUCAACAAUCAAAGAAAUCCGGAAAUCUUCGUGGAAAAAAUUUGGCCAUUGUGGUUACAUCAAUUGUUGUGACAGUGGUCAUGAUUACCUACUUCGUUUGUUGGCUGGUGCUCAGGAGGACCAAAAAAGUAGAUUCAGAACACAACUAUCAACCCUUUGAUGAAGAAAAUCUAGAACUGCCGAUGUUUGAUAUGUUCACCAUUGCCGGGGCAACGGACAAGUUUUCAGAUAAGAACAUAAUUGGAGAAGGUGGUUUCGGACAAGUUUACAAGGGGCAACUAUCAAAUGGAAAAGUGAUAGCAGUGAAGCGGCUCUCAGCAAACUCCAAUCAAGGCCUCAAUGAAUUUAAAAACGAGGUUAUGUUGAUUGCCAAACUUCAACAUCGUAAUCUAGUUAAGCUUUUGGGAUGCUGCAUCCAUGGGGAAGAAAGAAUGCUAGUUUAUGAGUAUAUGAACAAUGGAAGCUUGGAUUCCUUCAUUUUUGCAGGUCAAGAAAACACAAGAAAUUUGCUCGCAUGGGGAGGGCGAUUGGAUAUAAUCGUUGGGAUUGCUCGAGGGAUUCUUUACCUUCACCAAGACUCUAGAUUGACAGUCAUUCAUAGGGAUCUUAAAGCUAGCAAUGUCCUACUUGACAGUGAAAUGAACCCAAAAAUUUCAGAUUUUGGUCUUGCUAAAACUUUUGGAGGUCAUCAAUCAUCAGCACAAACCAAAAAUGUUGUUGGAACUUAUGGUUACAUAGCUCCGGAAUAUGUAGUGGAUGGCAUUUUUUCAAUGAAAUCAGACAUUUUUAGCUUUGGAGUCAUAGUUCUAGAAAUAAUUAGUGGCAAAAGGAAUAGAAUGUUCCAUCAUCCAGACCAUGACCUUAAUCUUCUUGGACAUGCUUGGAACCUUUGGAUUGAAGGAAAGGGAAUUGAGCUUUUGGAUCCAAAGGUGGAGAGUCCCUUUUCAGCGUCAGAGUUGUUAAAGUAUAUACAAGUUGGUCUUCUGUGUGUGCAGAAAAGCCCUGAAGACAGACCAAGCAUGGCUUCGGUGCUCUUAAUGUUGAUUACUGAUACUGUAAUGUUGCCCCAGCCCAAGAAGCCUGGCUUUUAUACGGAGAGGAAUUACGUUGAGGCUGAUUAUUUGCUUUCUGAGAGUACUGGAGGUACCAAUGAGAUGACUAUGACACAAAUAGUGCCUCGAUAAAUAUCAUCCUACAUGCCCAUGAGAACAAUUAAUAAUUCUUAUAAUUGUAACUCGAAAUUCAAAUUUGAUUGAGAUUUGAACUCUUAAUUUGACUGUGAUUAUGAUUUUGAA